UUCUAUAAUACCUGUCCAGUCACUCUUCCGAAACAAAAAAGAAACUCCCUCUCCCUGUCCACAAUUUAUUAACUUAUUACGGAACUUUUAACUAUUUUUUAAAUUCGCAAUUUGUGGAAUCAGUGCUAGUGUCAAAAUGUCGGGUCUGUUCUCCAAGUUUCAAAAGGAACUGAGUGAGAUACCAGUAUUACAUUGUAAGUGGGCCCCUGAAUGCAAAAGGAAGUUUACGUUGAAAUUCUUGCUGGAGAACCAUGAGAAACUUUGUCCUCAUGAAAAAAUCACGCCAAUUCCACAAGCCACACCCUCCUCCACAACUAUGGCUGAUACUACACCCACCGUGUUCAUGACUCCGUCACCCACACCCACCGUAUUCAUGCCCCUGUCACCCACACCCACCGUGUUCAUGACCCCGCCACCCACACCCGCAUCAAAUAUCAAAAUUGGUCAGAAAAGAAGGUCUGUUCCUUCUGGUGCUCCAGCUAAGAAGUUCCUGUGCAAAAACUAUAGCGUUUGUCACAAAUCCUACGAAACGAAAGACAGCAAGAGCAGACAUGAACGAUUGUGUGGACUAUCGGAACAGGAUAAGCAAACCUUUCUUAAAGCAAAGUUUGGAAACGACCCUAGACAUGUCUGUAUCGGAUGUGGAAAGGUUUUUGUACAGACGAUAGAAAAAAGUCAACAUGAGGAUGGAUGUGCCUUCAAUGAGGAACAAUUACGGAUAAAAUAUGUUGAUGAUCCAACUCACUUUUGUUCAAACUGUGAUCGCUUUUUCGUGGACCCAGGCAACUGUCAGAAGCACGAAAGAAGUUGUGGCGUCACAAUGGAGGAAAUGAUGAUAAGAAUGUCUGAUGAUCCAACCCACUUUUGCUCGAAAUGUGACCUUUUCUUCGUGCAGGCGCAGAACUGUCAGGUGCACGAAAGCCGUUGUGGCGUUACAAAGGAGGAAAUGAUGAUAAGACAUGCCAAUGACCCCAGUCACUGGUGCGAAGAGUGCGGUCAUAAAUUUUUUUCUCGACCUGAAAAACUCAUGCGCCAUAGACUGCAAUAUCACACACAAAUUGAUGUCAUGCAAAUGACGCCUGAACAAAUGAAAUAUGUCCACCCCCUGAAUUAUGACAAAACUGCAAUCGGAGAGGAGGCAACUCUUGACCCAAGUCAUGAUGAUUUUGAUGCACUCAUCAAAAGAAAACUCGAGUGGGCCGACACUUUCGCUGCUGCAAGUAGGGAGGAGAAUUUUGUGUAUCGAGCUGGAAUUUUAGGUCACUCUUUCUCAGCGACAAAUUCCUCCUACGCUACCUUCAUCUCCGCACAUCCGGAUCAAAUGGGGGUAUAUUCCGGUGUAAAACAAAAACACCUUGGAGUUGACAUUCAAAGCUGGCACAAGAAGAAGCCACAAGACUCAAAACCAGGUCAAGCGGCGCUAAGGGGUCAAGAGGUUGUGUUUCUCGGACAGACCGGUUUCGAAGGGGAGGAAAGUGCGAUGCAAGCACGGAAGCAAGAAGCCCUCGAAAUAAACUACGGCUAUUAUUCUAAUCAGUACCAAGGACAGAAGAUGUACUACAUUAACUCGGAGAGAGAGCUGGCUAACUUGUACCAAAAUUCAGAUGCCGAUUUGGUGAAGAUGCUAUACAAAGCUGUCCGAGGGGACCCCAUCUUCUGUUCCGACACUGACUGCAAGUGUGAGGCAUACUUUCAUUAUGAUCUCGAGAAAGUUACCAAAGUUGACUUCCAACUGGCUGCGGGACAGGUGAGCAAGUCGCCACCACCCCCCUUGCCUCGACAAAGACCACGCCCAUCCAACCCGACGGCAAUUCAAAUCGAAGUAGAUCGUCUGUUCCGUACCUUGAAGGAAGAGAUGGGACUUGUUCUCGCCAUCCCCUUCAACGUCUACUCAGUCCUCCUCGUUAAAAAGGCAGAUUUCCCCGGCUUAUCAGACCCCCGUGCCGUAAUCAACGCACUACUGGGGACAACGAGAGAAAUUGUGGCUUGGCUCUACACUGGUAAAGGGGUUGAGGCAGAAGAUGGGGGGAUCCAUCAACACCACUUUUAUGGAUUCAGUACAAUUAAGAACGAAUUGGCCAAUGGUGACAAAAUUGCCAUACAGAUCGCCAGGAUGAGGUGUAAGUCCCAGCAGGAUGCGGAAGAGAAAGAGGCGUUUGUUUUGUAUGCAUCUCAACUUUCUGCACUUUCGGAAGAAGGAUGAAGGAAAUGUUAGACUUGUCCCAAUAAACGUGAGAAUGGAGUGGGUGGCAUGGCGACGAUUGGCGUAUGACACACGUAAAUUGGCACAGGAGUGUGGCGAUAAGGGGAUCAAACCGUACUCUUUUGACGACAAGGAAGAGAAGCCCAUUUUUGAGGAGGGUGAGUUCCACUACCCUGUCAAUCUCCAACGACAGUUAGACAGGAACGAGAUCAACGUUGUGAAGUUGUAGACUAGAAGUUGAUUUUUUUGUUAUAUUUUUUAAAUGAAUUACCAAUAUGUUUUUGUACCUUUCCGGUUUUUUUUACCCAGUGCUACUAUUUUAUUUCUAAUGAGUUGUUUUUUUAUACCGGAUUAUACAAAAUAAAUCAUAAGUAACAUGUCGCUUAGUAUA